AUGUCUCGAUGUUGAAUGGGCGUGGGGGUGUUGUGUGGCUUGCGAGGCGCUUGCCCACAUAAUAAUCGCAUGAACGUAAAGCCGGACAAAUAUACCCCUAGGCCUGCCCCUGUACACUCAUAAUCCCCUUUAUAAGUGUCAGCUCACUGUUGAAAUCCACCAUGUUCGACAUUUUAAAGCACAUUGUCAUUUCAUUAUUGGGCCUUUUCGACAAGGCAUACCAAUACAAGGUGCUUGGUAGACAAAUCGCUCAAAUCAAGUCCGACGAUUGUCGCUGGCCGUCUUCCAUAGUAGACACCCAGGCAGGAAAGGCAGAAAGCAGACAGCCGAGUCAAUCCUGCCAUUCUUGUGUUUGCCCUCAUGCCAUGCGCCACUUAUCAAUGACCACGACCAGCAAUGGGGCUACGAAUGUGUUUCUCUCUCAGUCUGGGAGGGCUAUGCUUUGUGAUAUUCCAGAAGAGCUACGCUGCCAUAUCUUCAGUUUUCUGACACACAAUGAAAUCAUAUGUUGCGCGUCGACUUGCCAGACCUUAUACAGCACAGUCCAGAACUCUGUUGAUCUGCAAUACACUAUUGAACUUGGUGUCCAAGGGUUGAUACCUGUUCAUCCGCGGCCACCUACUGUCUCCGUCGCGGAGUGUUUGCGUAUUCUCAGAUGCAACGCAAGAGCGUGGGAUUCCUUCGAGCUCAAUACGACACAAAGGCUCUAUGUCGCGUUCCACGCUGCCCGUCGUAAUAAGUUUUGGGUUUCCAUCACCCAUCAACAACUCAGUGUUUCCAUGUUCAUCCCCCAUGCAUAUGUCUUUUCCAAAGAUAUCGAUCUCAGGAUGCACAUGGGCGAAACAGCGGCUGCCCUUCCCUGCCCUUGGAUCAUGGAAGGUCCAAAACCACUUUAUGACGUGUUUUGUUGCUUGGAUGAGACGCAAGACCUUAUAGUCUCCGCCAAUGUGGUACCCCACAUAUAUACCCCCCGCAUCAAGUACCGCAUACACCUUCGCACUCUCUCCACGGGCGAUGGACAUCCUUUGGCCCGUGGAUCCCGUCUAGAGGCCGGUAGAGCCACUUAUGAUAUCAUUGGCAAUGUCCGUAAUGGCGGAUGGUAUGUGGGUUGGCCAUCAACACGGGGGGCAGCCGCUGUCAUCGGAGACCGCAUUGCUUUCUACUGCAGUAUUACGAUCAAGGUAGAAAAUCAGAAGUACUGGUCACUGUAUGUCUGGAAUUGGCAUCAAGGUGGUUCAGCUAAUAACGUGUUCGUGUUCGGCGAAGACCGCGAGCUGUCUGACAUGCGUUUUCUCACUCCGGAGAAGCUUUUAAUUCUCUUACGCGAGCCGCACCCGAAUAUAGAGCUAUACAAUGUCGAGGACCUGUCAAAGGCACCGCAGCUCCAGGCAAGUUUCUCGCUACCCAUUGAUUCAUAUAGCUACUUUCAGUUUCGUUCGGUUUCCCAUAGCGCCCUGAGUUGCGCGCGAUUCGCUGCAACAGACGAACAUUGGGUGUGGACAACAAACCCUGCAGAUCGAGUCAUAACCGUGAAGGCGUGCAUCCCCCAUGUAGUUUUUGUGAUAUCUGCUCGCACAUUUUUCAUGGAUAUCCUUCAAACGUGGUUUGAUGCGACCUCAGAAGAUCGUCGAGUUGUUCCAUGGUCAACAUGGGGUCCACAGAAUUGUCGCUGCUUCUCAGGGGCGGACAACAUAUUUGGAGGGGGAGGAUCUCGCGUUAUAAGGGCAGUUCCCAUCUCAUUUCAUACACCGUUCCGGUUGAGUAUGAUGGACUUCAAUCCCUCCGCCGUGGCGCGUGGCGUCGGCAAGGUAGUGAAGGAGGCAAUAACAUUCGAGGACGUGACAACAUAUCUCCCUUACGUGGAGGUAGUCAACGACCGCGUUUUCGAUUACCCCCGUGCAAUCAUAGUGGACGAGGAAAGGCUAUUGGUAUUCACCGAUACGAAACCUGAGACUGACACUAUGAAUCUAAAUGUUGAGGUAAUAACCAUGUAGUCGAGCCCAACAAAUAAAUAUCCAACCUCCGUAUGUACAGGGGAAAUGACUUGAAUAUCAACUGCGCCAAUUCCCCACUGCAGUUUGGUAAAAUUAAAGCAUGCUAG